UGGUUGCGGGAGGCGCGGAGCACGCCGGGACGCUCGCCGGGCAGCGGGGCAGCUCCCGGCGCCGCCGGGCAAUUCGUCCGUCCCGCACCCGAACCUUCCGGUCAGCCCGCCUGGCUGACUAUGUGACGCCCACGUCAGCCAAUGAACAGGCGGACCUCGCCCUGCCCCGCCCCUCCCCUGGCCGGGGGAACCAAUCCCGUUUCAAGAGAGGCAGGCCGCGCCGAGUCCCGAAAGAGGAGCAGCGGGAAAAGUGCGGUUGGCAGUCCAGUAAUCUAAGACUCUGCCGAGGGGGGAUUCCAAAGGCCGUGAGAGCCUCAGUAGUUGCGCCGCGGCCCGAGGGGGCGAGCGCGACCGGAGGGACGCACUGGGGACUGUUUAUAGCCCUGUCAGGACCGCGCAGGGAGGGGAGGCGGAGGCCUGAGGUGAGUGGCCUCGGGCCUGCCGCAGCCGCGAAGGGCUGCUUGGAUGAUGGCAGGCUGAGAAUCACCCCGGAGCCUGGGCCUGCAUGGCAUCCCAGGACAAAGAUGAGGAGUCCUCACCUCGCUGGGCCUCCCAGACAGGGCCCUGGGAUGCCAUCCUCGAGGCCGUCAGGGAGCAGCUCCCAUCUCUGGACUCAGAUUCCUCCUCGUCAGACUGCGGGCCAGAGGAGCUGUUCAUCUUCCAGCGAGAUCAAACUGCCCUGAUCCCAGACUUGUCAGAGGAGCUGGCUGAAGAGCCUGCCAGGGCCUGGCUUGCUACGGCCGCUGGGCCUCCUGAGCCAGAUGUGGUGACUGUGGAAUUCACUGCAGAACCCUGGAGUAAGGGGGGCCCAAAGACAAGGGGUUCUGCCUCUCUGCAAGGCAGGGACCCUGACGGGCCUGUAGAGAGCUGUGGUGAGGCCUGUUCCCUUCUUCGGGUGCCUGAGGACACCCCCAUGUGGCAGGAAGGCAACCGUGGGGCUGUGCCCUUCAGCACCCAGGGUCCUCCCCGGGGGCCACACGGAGAAGCCACCUUCUCCCCGUGGGAAUGCGACCGGAAAACAGAAGCCCCAGGCGCUGCCUCACGAGCCCGUUGGGGCACAGACUCCACAGCCCACAGAGCCCUCCAAAGGGAGAGAAGGAAGAUGAUUGAGAAGGACAUACUCCAUAAAGUUACCUGGGAUGCCCGGGGCCCAGCCUGCCGUGACCAAAGUCCAGUGGAGGAGGCACCCAGUGCCGCGGGAGUGGCAGGUCUGAGACCAGAAACACCCCCGGAGGGGCCUCAGGAAGGACCUCCGGUGCUCUCCCUCAAGGAACUUGAAGAGUGGGAUUUGGAUCACAUCCUUCAGAGUUUGGCAGGGCAAGAAGGCAGCAGGGGAGAUCGCGCACCUACAGCCACGUGGUGGGCAGCUGACCGCCUGGGCCCAGACCACAUCCUGCCGAACAGCCAGGACAGGCUCAUGGAACAGCUCAUCCUUCUGUGUGCCACACACUCCAGAGCCCCUUCUGCCUGGAAGGUGCCUGCUGACACACCUCAGGACACCAUGCAGCAGGAGGCCAGGAGCAGAUCUGCUCCGAGGGAGCCAGGCUUCCAGGCUGAGCUGGGCCUGACACUGGCCGAGAGCAGGCAGCUAAGGAGCCCCGCAGAGCCUCCCACCAUCUUCAUCGAUCUGCGGCCCUCGGAGCCAUCAGACCCCGGGUCGGUGGAAAGGAAAUCCCAGUGGCCUGGGUGGCCUGGGGCACAUUCCGUGAAGCCAGCUUUCCUCUCCUCCAGCUCCAGCCUCAGCUCCAGCUCCUCCGACAGCGAGGAAGAAGAGGAGGCUACAGUGGCCCUCAGAGACCAGCAGGGCCCAGCCAAGCAGGAGAGUCCUUCCUCCCGCCGCCUACGGGACUGCACCGGGAAGAGUCAGCUUCUCCAACAGCUCAGGGCAUUUCGGAAGGGGACGGCUCGGCCCAAUUUGCCUGCCACGGGGGGUCCCAGUGGCCAGAAGGCUCAGGUCCCUGAAGAUCCAGCCAGCUCCGCAACUGGGAGAAAGCAACAUAUACCAGCCGGGGCUGAGCAGCAGAGCACCCAGGCCAGAUGCCCAGGGGGAGGUCCCAGGGCGCUAGGGGACGCUCCUGGGCCAGGGACAGCCAGGGAGGCCCUGGUGCCUCCCCUGGACCAACUGUAGCUGCGUCCUGGACCAGAUGGGAGAAGGAGCUGGGCGGGAUGAUUCCACUCUCCAUCCACAUGCCUGGGCCCCUGGCUCUCCCUUGUUUCUGUGAGAAGGUGUUUCUUCUGCAGCACGGGGACCCUCAGGCUGCGGGGCAGAUCAUUCUAUGUACUUAGAGCAAAGAUGCCAGAACACAGUUGUACACAGAGCAGGACAAUAGCGCCUUGGAAGCAGACCCCACGGAGAGCAUGGUCCGUGCCAAUAGGGGGACUGUCGGGUGUUUUCUCUCUCAUGUCUGCACUCUUCUCUGUUAUUGUCAUCAUGCAAGCUUUUUCUAAAGCUAAAACUCAAGUAAAACAUAUUCAGAGAAUUUCAGGGUUUAGAGAAAGGGUCUUGGAGGAGAAUUGAGCCUGAUCUUCUGGGUCCCUGGCUGCUUGCUAUUUAUGUGCCUAAAUGAACACACCACCCACUCUCUCUCACACACCAAAUGGACUCUUUGAUAAAUGGGGGAAGACUGAAGGUUUUUUUCUUUAACCAAGAUACAAAGGCACACGUUUUAGGGUCCUUCCAAACUAUGGGUGGAGUUGACCUUUCCACAGAGAUAGAGUACCGAGUGUCCUGACACCCAAACGGUCCCCAGGGAACAGAGCGGCGCCCGGCCUUGUGGAGGACAUCCUUCUCGUUACUUUGCCAACAUCACCCCCCACUGCCCAUUUUCAGUCCUUUCGUAUUGUUCUCAGCCCUGCUGUCCCCAACAGGCUGAAGCCCUGAUCUGUGGCUACCUCUGUUCUCUCGUCAACUUGUUUCCGAGAUUCUGCUUCUCAGAGUCUCUGCCCCACUCUGCCCUGCCUGCCCCAUGGGAAAAGCAGUCAUCUCGAGUCCCCCUGUGACAUGGGCUCAGUGGCUUGGUAGGGUCCUUGGCAUUUGGGCACAUGUCCCAGGAUUCAGCUGGGGUCACCACCUGUUAGCAUGCGCUGAGGAUGGGCAAGGGUCUCUUUCCAUCAAGCCCUGCACCAGGCAAGGCAGGCUCUGCCUGGCCUCAGCUAGUCAUGAUCAGGGCCACAGACUUCACUUGAUAUGACCAUGGGGGCCCCCACAGCAGCCCCCACCCACAACGAUGAGGGGCCAGGGGCAAGGCAGCUUCCACCAAGGCCACAGGAAGCCCUGGGUGGGCCUACCGGCAGGGCAAGUAACCACACUGCAUCGCUUGGGCUCCUGGGUCUUGCCCAUCUGUGAAAGUCCCUCACCCUCUGCUCCAGGGCACGUGCAGUGUGGUCAGGGCUCAGGCACUGGGCAAGGCAGACUAAACGUGACCACCUCCACCCAUGCAGCCUGUCAGGAGCAAUGGCCAGCUUUUUUUCCUUUGAACCCAUUUUCCCCAUCUCUACCCCUUUUAACGUCAUUAGUUUGUUAAGAAUGUUUCACAAAGUGAGAGAAAAUAAACUCUUUGUUCCAAGUUCAACUGGGUGAACGACCGUUAAGGCAAGCCGAAAGGAUGAUGUGGUAGGAGUUCUGCCACCUGGACAAGGUGAAGCACUCAGGACCUCAGUUUCCCAUCUAUAAAAGGAGAGUCACAAAAGCCCUAUGUCCUAGGACUGUGUGAGAGAAUAUUCUGGAACGGGUACUAAUAGGCCCAGGUCCCAGGCCAGGAAGCGGGCGGCCGGCGGCCUCCAGCACCAGCCUGGACAUGACAGAAGUGAACCCGCAGACUCACAGCCGCAUAGGGAAGGAGGGUGGUCGGCAAAGCCAAGUGUGCUCAAGAGCCCUGGCAGUU